UAUAUGUGAGACAGUGUUGAGUGUCUGACUCAAACACAGCAACAUCGCAGGAGAAGCAGGGACAACAUCGAUUCACUUCUUUGAUUUCAUCUGGAAAAGGAUGGCUCUUACAACUGGGAGAAAGAACUACCUGGAGGAUUCUGAGUACUUCAUGGCUGUGGCUCUCCUGGCUGCACAGAGGAGUAAAGACCCCAAUACUCAGGUGGGCGCCUGUAUAGUGAACCAGGAGAACAAGAUCGUGGGGAUCGGUCAUAACGGGAUGCCAAACGGCUGUGAUGAUGACAAGCUGCCAUGGGCCCGCACUGAAGAAGAUAAACUGAAAAAUAAACAUUUCUACGUGUGCCACGCAGAGCUGAACGCCAUCAUGAACACUAACAGUGCUGAUGUGAAAGGAUGCAGCAUGUACGUGACUCUGUUUCCCUGCAACGAGUGUGCCAAGCUCAUCAUCCAGGGAGGUAUAAAGGAAGUGAUUUAUCUCUCUGAUAAGUACAAAGACAGGGAUGAGUUUAAAGCCUCCAAAAAGAUGCUGGACGUGGCAAAAAUUCAGCACAGGCUGUUCGUGCCCAAGAGGACUGAGAUUGUCAUUAAUUUCAGUUCCAUUACCAGCAGUUAAAUGUCGAACCAACCGACCCAAGAGACAUAAAGGAAACGGCCCACUUAGGGGAGCUGCUGAACGAGGAGAGGAAGAGGGGAAAGAGGAGGAGACUGAAAGGGAUUUUGAUGCCUCGUUCCUGCAGGUCUUCUUGCCCCCUGCUUUGUCCAAAGAAAAACUCAAGGGCACCUCGACUUCGGUGUCUUUUGAUAUUUUGAUUCAAGAUAAUUUUACGGUCGGUGGUGGAGGGUCUAUAUGUCCUGCUUUUUUUCUUUAAAAAUCACGUAGGGGUGAAGGAAACAGGGGGGCUGUUGAUUUUUAAUCUUUGUGGAUCAGAUCGUGUCAUGUCUGUCAGGGGGUCAGCCCUAUGUUCCCACAUUUCUAUCCAUGAGCCUAUGACGCCUCCAGAGGGCUGGAAAGUGACUCCGAGCAUCCCAGGAGCACCCCCUCUCUAUGCCAACCCGGCUUUCCAGAGGUAUUGAUGCACUGCAAACUAUGGUUUGCGUCCAGUUGCUGCGCUUCAUUCGACUGAUCUGACUGGAAGCUAGUCAAUGCGAGGCCUCUGUGCUACUUAGUUUAGUUUGUUUAUUUAAAAGGACAAUGUGCACUUACAUUAAAUGUUUGCAAUAAACAAAGAGAUGGGCGCACCAGAUUUAGCUAAAAGCUACAUUCCAUAUGUAGUUCAUUGCCACUGGAUAAUAAAUUGGGUGUAAUUGGCUACCACAUUGGAAGAAAGGGGGAUAAAAUCUGAUACAAAUUUAUGAAAAAGGAAAUGUGGGAACAUAGGCACGCUCCCGCCUGUCUGCACAGGGGAACACCUGACACCUGCUUUUCUUUCUCCUUCAAACAAGGCACUUUGAAAUUAAUUUAUGGGACCUUUAACAUUAACGCUGGAAGUUUUCAGUAAAUCUUUUUAUUUUGGAAACGGGUAGAUUUUAAGCUUGCUGUCAAGGCACAAAAAGUGACAAAUUUAAUUUCCACUGAAUGUGAUUCUUGUUUUAUUGUUUGGUUUUAUGCAACUAAAGAUGGCCACACACUAGACGAUUUCAAAUUCUUAACUGAUUUUAAAAACACAGACAUACGGGCAGUUUCUAGGGAUUUUUAAUAUUAUAAUCCUCAGAACGCGCACACUAGACGACUCUGCCAGAGCGUGGGAGACCACACACCUGCCGUUUGAAGUAACGAUUUCACAGACACAAGAUCGCACAGAAACUUGCGUGAUUAAACGCAAUUUCAGAAGAAAAACAUAUAGGGACGAUCAACAUCGUCAGCUGUCAGUCAUAUUUGUAACCAAAGGCUGCAGCGAGCAAAAGACAGAAAGCAGUGGGAGUCAAUUCAAUUAAACAAGUCGUCUGGUGAUUUUUAAGUUCUUCUGGCAUUAAGUUACAUUUCCGUCUCUUCCAAACAGAAGGAAGCCUUUUUCAGUUGGGCAGCAGCGCCAUAAUGUAGCUCCAUCGUCAUAACGUCUUGUCCUUUCAUGGUUAUUCAGCAACAGCAUGAUAUUGGUGUCUCUUUCUGAAAUCACACACACAGAUACAAACAGACACACACACACUGGCUGCUCUCCCCUUCUGGCUCCGCUGAUCCUGUCUCACACCUGUAUCGCCUCCUUUACUACCUCCAAUGGCGGCACAGAGGUGGGAUCACUUCGUCCCCCCGUUACACCUCCUUAUCAUUCAUAGUGAAGGAGAAACGUCACAGGGGCGUAAAUGUCCCACCUUGAACAGUCAGUCUGAACUGGACCGGAGAGCAUAAAAACAUUGUCAACAUUUUGCUACUGAAUAGUUGUCGAUGUAUUUGUGUAAUUUAGACCGUGUGCAGGGUAUUAACCUGAAAUUCUUGUUAAUUAAAAACCCGACAUUAUCCGAUAUAUGGCCUGAGGAUGAUUAUUUUAGUUGCCAUGGUAUUGAAACAUAAUGAUAUAAUUUGAUUUUUACUAGACUUGUAUGGAAGUUAUGAUUCUGGUAUUGUGACAAUCCUUGUUGUAAUCAUGCUAAAACAAUAAAAUAAAAAAAUGUGUUCAUGGAA